ACCGGUACCGUAAAAACGACGGCUGUUACCGUUACGCAAGAACUUCCCUACUUUUACUCACACUUUACAAUUGAUUAAGUCAACGUUUAACAGUUGUAAAAUUGCCGACGAAGUACGACAGCAAAGUCAGAAACUGUCGACGUUAUUGUUUGCCUGACCGUUGGUAUGCUUAACGCAAAUGCACGCCUUCUAAAUUAGGUGACGUGGCCCACAGAUUAUAACUAAAGUAGGCUUGCUUAAUAAAUCAAAGGUCUGGUUAGUGUGUACUUUUGUGAACUUUAACUUGCUAGCAGUACGCAUUUGGGAAGACCUACUGAAUAUAGAGUACUUUACAAUAAUCACAGGUUUUCCAAUUAAGUCAUGGCGAACACGACUCUAGACAAAUGGAUUUUCCCAAAGGGAUUUGCUUGGGGUGCUGCAACUGCAGCUUAUCAAAUUGAAGGUGGCUGGAAUAUUGACGGGAAAGGGCCCAGUGUGUGGGACACCUUUACCCAUAAAGGAGGAGAUAGAGUGUUUAAGAAUCAGACUGGUGAUGUAGCAUGCAAUAGUUAUGCACUUUGGGAAAAAGAUCUAAAAUGUAUCAAGCAACUUGGACUGACUCACUAUCGUUUCUCAUUGUCCUGGGCACGGCUUCUACCUGAUGGGACUACUUCCUUCAUUAACCAAAAAGGAGUCGAUUAUUAUAACAAAGUCAUCAAUGACCUAAGGUCUAACCAUGUUGAGCCUAUGGUAACAUUAUAUCAUCUUGAUCUUCCACAAGCCCUUGAAGACCGGGGUGGCUGGAGGUCUGAGAAGAUUGUUGACAGCUUUGAUAAGUAUGCAAAGUUUUGUUUCAGAACAUUUGGUGACAGAGUAAAGCUGUGGCUCACUAUCAAUGAACCUUACAUUGUCUCUAGGCUUGGUUAUGAAGAUGGCAUUUUACCCCCAGAAGUAAAGGAACAAGGAGUUGCACUUUAUCAGGUGGCGCAUAAUAUGAUAAAAGCCCAUGCUAGAGUUUGGCACAGUUAUGACACCUUGUUCAGGAAAGAACAGAGUGGUCUUGUCUCUAUUGUUCUGUAUUCUGGGUGGGCAGAACCUUUCAAUCCAAAUUCUGUGGAUGAUAAGGCAGCUAGUGAACGUUAUUUGGAAUUCAUGUUAGGUUGGUUUGCCAAUCCUGUUUUUCUUGAUGGUGACUACCCUGCUGUUAUGAAAUCAAGAAUUCAAAAUCUGAGCAAAAGUCAAGGACUUUCAUCAUCACGACUUCCAGAGUUCACAGAAGAUGAGAAGAGAAUGAUCAAAGGUACUGCUGACUUUUUUGCAUUAAAUUACUAUACAACUCGCAAAGUCAGCUAUGAAGAAAGUACCUGUUUUGGGCCUAGUUUUCUUGGAGACCAAGCAACAAAAGAGAGCACUGAUUCUUCUUGGCCAGUGAUGGAACCCUUCUGGUUAGCUGUGGUGCCGUGGGGUAUUCGAAAGUUGUUGAAGUACAUCAAGGACAAGUACAACGCUCCAGCCAUUUACAUCACAGAAAAUGGUUUUGGCCAGAAGGACCCAUCUCCUCUUGAAGAUGUACAGCGAUGGAGUUACUACAGACAAACAUUAACUGAAGUUUAUAAAGCUAUCUCUGAAGACCAUGUUGAUGUUCAAGGAUAUUUUGCCUGGUCUCUUCUUGAUAACUUUGAAUGGACAUUUGGAUAUGAUGUCCGGUUUGGACUUUUCCAUGUUGAUUAUGAAAAUCCGGAUUUACCUCGUACUUCUUACAAAUCUGCAAAGGAGUAUGCAAAAGUCAUAAAAAAUAAUGGAUUAAUAGGUCCUGACCAGUUUGGAGUUAGUGCCUAACAAAUUACAAAAAUUAAUUGUUUUGAAUGUGGAAUUGUUGAAAUCAUAUAGCAGGAAACUCAGAAUACUGAAAAUCAUGUCGGAUUAAAAAUAUCUAAAAUUUCAACACAUUGAAAUCUGUAAUAAUGACAUUCAAAGACAUUAAUAUCGAUAUUACUAUAAUUGGCAAAAGUGUUAUAAAAACAUAAUGUUUUUGAUGGACAGUGGCAAAAUGUUUUACUUUGUUUCAAGCAUUUGUAGUAAUGCUAUAUUAUGGGUAAUCUGAGGUAGAAUUAGUUGCAACAAGCUAUUUACAUUUCAUAUGUUUGCUGAUAGUAGCAAUGCCAGUGUGGUAUAUGUGGAUGUCAUUAUUACAGACCUUCACAAUUCUCCACUUAAAGUACUUGAUCACAACAGUACACUGAAGCUAUGAGACAUGCACAAAUAUUUUCUGUAACUUCUGUUUGCAAAGCAGCAGUCAGGUCAUAUGGAAACAUGUUAUCAUAUCAUGAAAAUUGAACUCAUUGAUAUUAUCAGAUUCUCCACUGAUGAAUGGUUCACUAGUGUUUGAAUUUCAUGUAUAAAGAGAGAACGUCUACUAAUCCUAACUACUGCAAGACAUUUACAAUAUUUGAAUCAAGCAAUGUACAUAUUAGUUAACAGAACUUUUCCCAUAAAUGCAAAAUUAUAGUUAUGCACUAUGUAUGCCAUCUUUAAAAAUUCUGAAACAUUCCUUUUAGUGUAUGGAAUGGUAUCCUGCAAGGAAUAUGUAUGUAUGUAUAUAUAUAUAUAUAUAUAUAUAUAUAUAUAUAUAUAUAUAUAUAUAUAUAUAUAUACAAGCUAUUUUGGAACAUCGUAUUACAACCAAGUAAUAACACAGAGUUGGCCAAACAGCCAAAGUAUAUCUUUUGCGAGUUUUAAAAGAAAUAUAUUGUGACUUGAAAGAAAAGUUCUCACAUACACACACACACACACACACACACAAGGUUAAUGGCUCCACUUAAGCUGGGCACAUUUGGAUAAAUGUGUAGUGACUCCAUCUGUCAAAACUAUAUGGUCAAAGAUGCUAAAUUUUCAAACCUUGUCAAGGAAUUGCCAACCUUGGCAUACACCCAGCCACACCAUACUGUGGAAACCUACAGCAUGAGUAAAGCUGAGAUACCACCAUCAUUGAUUAUAUUUUGCAAUUAGUGUGAUAAUAUGUAUAUCUGUGGGAAGUAUAAGAUUUGUUUGGCAAAAAGAGACAAAAUUACCAUAUUAGCUGGUAAAUCUGUUACUUUUGUUCCACAAGUCACAAGUGAUCACCUUGCUCCUGAUUAAUCACAAGAGCUACUCGAUUAAGUGCACUUUUAUAUAAUGAAAGGACAACAAAUAUGUAUCCAAGCUGGAAAAAAUAAAAGUUAUUUGGUUACUA